AUGACCAAGCAGCCUGCAAAACCAACACGGUACUUCCCCGGCAAAGCGCUCGUCGAGGAUGCCGCUUCAGACGAAGAGAGUGAUUCAGACGAGGAGGAAGAGGCAGCACCAGCAAAAGCACCCGCACCCAAAGUGACCUCUUUUCCAAAGAAGCUCGCUGUCGACCUCGCCAACCCAAAGAUCUCCACCGCCGAACCCCAAGCUGCUCAACCCGACGAAGAACUAGAAGGAUUUGUGACGGCGUCCGAAUCGUCAGACGAAGAGGAUGCGCAAGAUGGUGGAAAGGACGAGGGAGAGGAGGAAGAAGAAGACGACUACGACAGUUCAUCAGAAGAAGACAGCUCAUCAGACGACGAACCCAAGAAGCCGAUGCUUGCGCCCAAAUUCAUCUCGAAAGCGAAACGCGCCCAACAACAGACCGAUCCAGUCAUUACAGCAGAAGACGAAGCACGAAUACGACAGGAAAAAGCCGACGCCCUCCUCCAAGCACAAAUCGAGCGCGACGCCGCAUUGCGAGCUGCGGGCAAGAAAGCCUGGGACGACGACGACGUUGCGCCCGAGGAUGAGGUGGACGAUACAGACGACCUCGAUCCUGAAGCUGAGCGAGCUGCGUGGAAGCUACGAGAACUGAAACGAGUACGACGCGACAGGGAAGCGUUGAUCGCGAAGGAGAAGGAGCGGGAAGAAGUCGAGCGACGGCGGAACAUGAGUACACCGGAGAGGGAAGCUGCGGACGCAGAGUUCAUCGCGAAGCAAGAAGAGGAGCGAGCGGAUAAGGGUAAGAUGGGAUAUAUGCAGAAGUACUUCCACAAAGGAGCAUUCUUCAACGCGGAUCAGGAGGAUAUGGAUGAAGAGGUGCGGGCUGCGUUGAACAGAGAUGUUGCUGGGAGGAAGUUUGUGGAUGAGACGGGGGAUAAGUCGCUGUUGCCGGAGAGUAUGCGCAUGAGGGAUAUGACGAAGCUAGGAAAGAAGGGCGGAACGAGGUAUAGAGAUUUGAAGAGUGAGGACACCGGCCGGUGGGGAGAUCUUGGAGGGAGGAAGGCGAGAGAUGGGGAGGGAUUGGACGAGAGGUUUCGACCGGAUGAGAGAGGUGGUGGGCUUGGCGGCAAGGAGACGACGGGAGCGAAUUCGGCGCCUGUUGGGGAGAGGAGGAGGAGGGAAGAUGACGGUGGGCGAGAUGGAGAAGGGAAGAGGGCGAGGUUGGAUUGA